AUGUCUCACAAAACUGAUAAUGAAGACUAUUUCGAUCUCGGAAGAUACACUCGCAGAGUAAGCACAGCCAACCCAGCGGCGCAGAAAUGGUUCGACAGAGGUUUGGUCUGGAGCUACGCUUUCAACCACGAAGAAGCGACUGUGUGCUUUGAGAAGGCGAUCGCAGAGGACCCGCACUGCUUGCUUGCGUACUGGGGUGUUGCAUACACCGUUGGGCCAAAUUACAACAAGCCGUGGGAAGUCUUCGAUGCAGAUGAGGUCGAGAGGAAUUUGAGCAAAGCGGUGGAGGCUGUUCAGACCGCGAAAAAGCACGAGAGUGGAUCGAAUGGCACGCCGGUGGAAGUGGCUCUUCUGGACGCUGUACAAUGGCGAUAUCAACCGAAUGCUGGGACCGACCGAUCGCAAUGGAAUCAAGACUAUGCGCGCGCCAUGGCGGAAGUCUACGAACAGUUCUCCGACGACUUGGAUGUCGCCGCUCUCUACGCCGACUCCCUGAUGAACCUCACCCCGUGGGGCUUAUGGGACCUACGCACAGGCAAGCCAGCAGAAGGCGCGCGUACGCUCGAGGCCAGGGGCAUCCUCGAGCGUGCCAUUGCGCAGAACGGCGGCCAUGAGCACCCCGGUCUCCUCCAUCUGUACAUCCACCUGAUGGAGAUGUCGAGCGCCCCCGAACUCGCUCUCCCGGCAGCAGACAGCCUCCGCGGCCUGGUGCCUGACGGCGGCCACUUGCAACACAUGCCCACCCACCUCGACGUCCUGUGCGGCGACUACCGCCGCGUCAUCGCCUCCAACGCCGACGCCAUCCGCGCCGACGAACGCUGGCUCGCCCGCGCCGGCGCGCUGAACUUCUACUCCCUCUACCGCUCCCACAACUACCACUUCCGCAUCUACGGCGCCAUGUUUGCCGGGCAGUACGGCAUUGCGCUGCAAACGGCCCGUAUGCUCGAAGCCUCGCUCCCUCCUGACCUGCUUCGAAUCGAAUCCCCGCCCAUGGCCGACUGGCUCGAAGGCUUCUUCCCUAUGCGCUUCCACGUGCUCGUUCGCUUCGGCAAGUGGAACGACAUUCUCGCCCUCCCAUUACCGCAGGACGAAGUGCUCUACGCCACAACAACAGCAAUGACGCACUACGCAAAAGGCAUCGCGCUCUCCGCCCUCAACCGCGUCCAAGAAGCAGAAGAGCAACGCGCGCUCUUCCGCGCCGCAGCACAAGCCGUCCCCGCCAGCCGCACAGUCUUCAACAACACCUGCACCGACAUCCUCGCCGUCGGAAGCGCCAUGCUCGACGGCGAACUCGAGUACCGCCGCGGCAACCACGACCUCGCCUUCCAACACCUCCGCCACGCCAUCCACCUAAGCGAUAACCUCCCCUACGACGAACCGUGGGGCUGGAUGCAGCCGCCGCGGCACGCGUACGGCGCACUGCUCCUCGAGCAAGGACGCGUGAAGGAGGCGGCGGGGGUGUACACGGCGGAUCUGGGGCUGGACGAUACGUUGCCGCGCGCGCUGCAGCAUCCGAAUAAUGUGUGGGCGUUGCAUGGGUUACAUGAGUGUUUGGGGAAGUUGGGGAGGGAGGGGGAGGCGCGGAUUGUGAAGAAGUUGUUGGAUUUGACGGCGGCGACGGCGGAUGUGGUUGUUACUGCGUCUUGCGCGUGUAGGACUGGUGUUGUGCCUGCUGAAGAGGCGGCGAGACUCUGA